AUUUAGACACGGAGUCCUUUUCUGAGCUCCCGUUUUGGCUGUUGUUUUUCGCUGGGCAGAAGAAGAAGAAGAAGCAGAAGAAGAAGCAGAAGAGAAGCAGCAGCACAGAGAGAAGCAAGGAAGAUCGGGGCGAGCCGGAGGGAUGUCAAGACACACGACAUAGUGAGAGCGAGAAAGGAGCAAGUCAGAUUUUAUUUGUCUUGGCCGAAAGCGUGUAUAGUAGAUUCGGGUCUGAGAUAAGUGGAAGGCAGGCAACGCGAGGGCCGAGUGCAGGAGAGAGAGCGCGCGCGAGAGCGAGAGCGCGAGGGAGGGCAGAGGGUUAAUUAGCUGGUUGGGCUAGAGUGCUGGGACGGAUUUGUAUGCUCUGGUCGGUCCCUUCCCCGAUAUCCGAGACGUGCAGAAUUAGAAGAUCAAGCCAGAAGCGUGAGAUUCAUUCCUUCAAUUCUCUCAACUGGAGAGAGUCUGCGAGUAAUCUUCCGAGGACGAGGAUGAUCGCGAUAUAAUCACCCGAGUCAGUGGGUUGGGCUGGGCCCUGAAGCAUGUGUGCAUCUGGGAUGACAUCUCAGGAUGAGGAGCUCACAGCAAUUUUGCACACUCAGCAAAACACCGUGGAUUCUUCCCUUGCCGGUCUAGUCACAUCCUCUACCGCCUCUGCAUCGUCUUUCCAAGCCGCCUAUUGUGAAACACAGCAGCUUUCUUAUUCAUCCGAGUAAGUGGUCCGGACCUGUCCUGUCCUGUCCCUUCCUCUGUCUUGAGAGCGAACGCUAGCGGGAGUGAGUGAGCACCAUCCAUCAGGUAGAAGUCGGAGCCACGCACACGAGGCGACAUGUUGGGCAGGACCACUAGCUAGACAAUGCCCGCAGUAUUGCCAAAAGUGUGUUGAAGUGUGUCGGACGUAUCGGGGUGCCACAAGUUCUGAAAGCGAAGGGGUCUCCAGGUACAUUUUCGUCCCUACACAAGCAUGGGCGGGGUCCAGCCCGAACUCAUCACACUCUCAUUCUCUCUACGUCCUGAACAGCACCUGAACAGAGCGCUCAGCGGGGAGUUGACGUUAGGAGGUCGUUUGAAGACACAUCUAGCCUACCAAACUGUCGAGCUUUGGGUCGCGCAGCUAGUCACACUCUGCCUUUCCUCUGCUUUCCGUCAUCUCUUUCUUUUAGUUUUCCUCGUCCCGAGGUCCGCAUGAACCAAUCGACCACAUUUCAAGAUUUCUGCUGUGAGAUUUGCUCGACCUUGCCAGCUGUAGUCUCUUCCUUUCUGAGCCACUCGAUCCACUUACAAUCUUUUCCGAGUCUUUAAAAGCGUUGAAAUAUAAGGGACUGGUCUGAGCUUUCCCCAUCUUCCGAGCAGCUUGCGAGGGGGUUCGUUGUCAUCUGUAGAGCCUUACAGCCCCGUGUAAGUGGUGUCAUUCCCUCUCAUAGAUCCUAAGUGCAUGAAAGAUCUCGCAAGGACAUUUCAGGAAUCGCAAUCGGUAUUGCCAAUCACGUGAUAUGCCCAGGAUUUUGUUGCAGCCGUGUCAGUCCUUAAGAACUGAUAUGUGAAGGUCAGAGUGUCUUGCACUGGGAAAGGUGAAGGGAUUGCAUGAUAUUGGAAAGGACGGCCCAGAUUUGUAUUGUUGAUGAUUAAUAUGGAUGGGAAACUUGACUUUGACAGCAGUUCGAUGCUCGGCCCAGGCGGCUCCACACGAGGUUAUAGCGACCAGUCGGGUGGGAAACCUCUCAUGCCCCUUCAGGCUCUGAAUCUGCCUGCUCAGGAUCAAGGCGGCCCACACCUAACUCCCUGCUCUCCGAUGCUACCCAAGAAUGGGGCAAGGCGUCCAGGAUUGUGGGGUGCGACGUCAUCGAAUGGCCCCCAAAAGGAUUGGAUAAAUGGAAGAAGUGGUAUGAUGGAAAUGGAUUUUCGGCCCAUGCCAUCCGACUAUCCUUCUGCUCUACUGGAUCAAACUUCUGCGCCGCUUACAGACCCCUACCGCGUGCCAGGUGGAUUGGCGCGAUAUCACUCUGCUCCGAGCGCUCUUCUACAAAGUCUAGCUGAUUUUCAACAAGACGUGGUCCCAAGACCCAUGAGCCAACUCGAUAAUUCGCUGAGUUCAUUCUUCACCGAUGCCGAGUUGCCGCCAUUGAAUCCAUCUACGGACACGAGCUUGGAGCAGAUGGAAACCGAACAUUCUUCUAAUUCUGUGUACGACAAGUACAUGUUGAACACUCGUAAAUUUGAUCGACUUGGGAAGCCAGGUGGCCACUAUGAUCAAUUGGGACCGGUCAACGGACCCACAAAGCCUCCUAUUAUCCAGUCGGUUUACAAACAUUCCAUGGAGGUCUUACACGAGAACUUGGCAGGGAACCCUCAGAUGAACUCGCAGCUAAAUACAGAGAUGAACUCCCAAUUGAAUGCUCAGAUGAACUCUCAGAUGAAUUCUCAGAUGCCCUCGAGUAUGGGGUUGAGUUCGAGCAUGGGUUUGUCCUCAACAAUGGGUUUGCUUGGCCAGCAGGAUAACACACAUGCUGGACAAAUGUCUCUGGGCAAUCUUGGUCAGAGCAUUGGCAAUGACUUUUGUGUUGGGUCCUCGGGCACCUUGGGAGGUCUAACAAGUACCAGACUUGCACACAAGGGUAACAACAACAACAGCCUUCUCCGACAGAGCAGCUCUCCAGCUGGGCUUCUUGCUCAACUAUCCAUUGACGUUCAAGCGAUGGCAGGAGCUGCUAAAAGUGAGAAGCCGAGCUUAUCGAGUCCACUUGCCCAUUCUCCAGCUGAAAGUCUCUCUGGGGGCACGUCCGAGGAAAAUGGAGGUGCAGGUACUGGACCAGGCACUCCCGGAAUGAUGUCUAGAAUGGACGUAGGGUGGGAGGAUGCGCAAUCGUACCUCAACUCGUGGGAUAACACAAACUUUGCUGCUCGGAAGCGCUUUCGGGAUAUGGAAAUAGAUCCUCUCGGAGAUCCGUUCAUGGCGGAUCCUUUGAGGAGUUCUCAGGACCACAAUCCACCGCCCUUGACUAGACAUAUGAGUCUGCCGACUCAAAAGUCGAAGAAUUCCACAAUGACGGACGAAAUUCUUCAGUCUGUCCCUUGCCGCAUCAGAGCAAAGCGCGGCUGUGCCACACAUCCGCGGAGUAUUGCAGAGCGGGUGAGGAGGACUCGCAUCAGCGAACGGAUGAGGAAGCUUCAGGAGCUUGUUCCUAACAUGGAUAAACAGCAAACAAAUACAGCUGAUAUGCUGGACGAGGCAGUGGAAUAUGUGAAACAGCUCCAACGACAAGUACAGGAGCUCACAGAGAGCAAAUGUAAAGGCAACUGUCGGGAGCGCAAGGACAACAAUCCCCCUUCAUAGGGAUUUCUCAACUGCUCGAUCGUCAGAUCGGUAGAGGUUGGGAGUACAAUGUGCAUAUAUCCAUCGAGAUACAUACGUCUUAAGGUUUAAAAACAUGGGGGAGAAGCUAUGAGCUAGAUGACGCCUAGUCCUUAAGAGUAAGUAACUGAAAAUUCUCUAUGCCUUUUGCUUCCGGGAGCUUAACUCUAAUCCCUUUUAGAAUCUCUCACCUUCUGGGUGGUCAUUGUAGUCACUUGUUUUUGAAGUCCACCUUACGACCGUAGUCGGAAUGUAAAUGUUAACGAACCUCGUCUAGCCUGAUGACCACCUGGAUGCUCCUUGUAUUUGUAAGUAUGUACCUCGACGUGCAUGGUGGGCAGCCCUUUGGGUGUUGAUGAGGCAUGACCCAAUCAAGGCAUAGUUGUCGAAAGAGCUCAACGUUGGUAAUAAAAUAUCUGAAUUGUAGAC